AUGGGGCCAAAGUCGAAGGCCAAGUCGCCCAGGCCGCCGACACAGGAGAUCGGUGAAGACGUGCUCACCAAGGUCACCGCUCUGAAGAACGAGGGCAACAAGUGCUUUGCCAAGCGCGACUAUGAGUCGGCGCUGGAGCAGUACGAGACGGCCGCCCAGCUCCUGCCGGAGGCGGCGCCGGAGCGGGUGGACCUCAUCUGCAAUAGGGCGGCCUGCUACUACCAGAUGAAGCGCUUUAAAGAUGCGGCGAAGGAGUGCACGUCUGCGCUGGAGCUGAACCCCUCGAGCGCCAAGGCGCUGCAGCGGCGCGCGCGCAGCCUGGAGCAGCAGGGCCUGUACAAGCAGGCUCUUGCGGACAUCCAGGCGGUCAACAGGUGGGUUUGA